GAGAGAGAGCUUUUCUGGCCGCUUCUCAGUUAAUUUAUCUGCUUGCAGGGGCUUUGCACGUCUUAACAGGUUGCGGAUCUUAAACUGCCUGUGAUUAGGUCUUCCUCAUUCACACGUUACAUACAUAUUCAGAAGCAAUAUAGUUUCUAAGCAGCGUUGGGCCUCAUGGCCUUGAGGAACAAGAAAUUGCAUUGUACUAAAGAGAGCAUACCAAAGGCAUGAUAGAAAAACGUAACGUACAUUAUAACUAAGAAAGCCAAGGUCAGGGAAGAAGGGAAAAGCAGGAGUAUGUCGAGUCCGCUAGAUGCCAGUGGAGAGGAGGGAGGGGGGGUCGUGUCUGACUGGUUACAGUGCCAGGCCCCCCCCCAGUCCCACACCUGGGACUCUGCACCCCGGACCUGCGCCCCGUGCCUUGCUCCCUGGCCACCGGCCCUGCUCCCUCUCUUAGCUAUGGCCCUCCUGUGGCCAGGCCCCAUGGUCACUCCUAGCUGUGGCUGCAGCUUUGCCCCCCUGUCCCCUGUCCGGGUCCCCCCUCCCAGAGACAGGGGCAAGGAGACUGGCUUUCAGCACCCCCGCGGGGGAAGUGUUCUAGGCCCACUGUGUGCAGCUGAGAACAGGAGCUGUUGUGACAUAGGCCAGCGGUCCAGGAAGCGUUUCCCAGGCCCGGUGACUGAGCGGACCCUUUCCCUGUCCCAGUUUACGCUCUCGGCGCCCUGUUCUGCAGUGCCUCCUCAUGGGACUCUAAUUCUGCUUCCUUGUCAUGCAGGGUGCAAGGGGCCCACCUGGGAAAGCGAGCUUCACCGGCGUGCCGACGGGGGGUCGGUAUGAUCCCUACGGCUUUGCUGUAAAGGGAGAGAAGGGAGAGCGGGGGCUCCCUGGGAAAGAUGGAAUUCCUGGGUUGCCGGGACGACCGGGGCGAGCAGGCCCCCCCGGCUCCCCCGGGCUGAUGGGGCAUCCUGGGACCCAAGGGGAUCUGGGACCACCUGGAUACCCAGGGCCGGCGGGGCCAAAAGGAGACAGAGGGGAACCGGGCUAUGUGCUGGGAGGAGUGGAAGUGAUUCCUGGCCGAAACGGACAACCUGGCUCUCCGGGGCAGAAAGGGCAGCCGGGAGUUCCCGGAGCAACAGGACCGCCCGGGCCACAGGGACCACCUGGGAUGUCUGUGAAGGGUGAGCAUGGAGACGCAGGCCGGAGAGGGCCUCGAGGGAAAAGCGGCGCCAAGGGUGACAAAGGAGAUGCAGGAGAGGCUGGCAAACCUGGUCUGCCGGGGCCCCUCGGGCUGGAUGGUGCUCCUGGAAUCGCUGGACCCAGGGGAGAAAAGGGUGAGGCAGGGAUUGGCAUUCCGGGCACACCUGGCCGUAAGGGAGCAGAAGGAGGAAAGGGGGACGUUGGACCACCCGGAGCACAAGGACAAAAGGGUGAACAAGGAUUGCCUGGACAAGAAGGACGGGUUGGCCCCAGGGGUAAAAAAGGCCACGCAGGAGUCAAAGGGGAGAAGGGGGAACCUGGAGAAACGGGGCUGAAGGGACCUCAAGGAAUUGCUGGCCUUCCGGGAAUGGUGGGGCAGAAAGGAGACCAAGGAACCCAGGGCUUUCCAGGUGCUCCGGCCAUGGGGGUUGUUGGACCACCAGGCAAGAAGGGCGCUAGAGGGGAUAUUGGGCCACUCGGCCCCCCAGGACCACAGGGAGACAAAGGGAAACAAGGAGAGAAAGGAGAGAAGGGAAGUCCCGGUUUCGGCUGGCUGCCCGAAAUCACCAUCCACCCCCGCAACUUUUGGCUGUGGGGCCGUGUUCCCAGCCCGUGCCAGGGUGUCCGGGAAUCACGUGCGGGCGUUUUCUCUGCGGCGGACUGGCCUUGGCUAGGACUGGGAGAUCCGAUCUAA